AUGGCCCAAGCACUCGAAAAGAAUGCAAGAGACUUUGGCAUACGGAGACAAGUAUACAGGACUGACAAUGCACUGCAUACUAUGUUUCGUAUGUCAAAAGCUCUUGCACUUUUGCCGGCAAACAUGAUAAUUGAAGGCUUCGAAGUGGUAGUCAACGAGGCAAGGCUUUCUCCAAAUACUGAGGUUGCAGAAAGAUACAUUACAUAUUUUAGAAAUCAGUGGAUGGAACGGGUUGGACCGGAAACCUUUUGUGUACAUGGCAUGCCAAGGAGAACUAACAACGACCAGGAGAUAUUUCACCGCCAUUUAAACACUAUCAUGAAUAGUCCACGUCCUGGUAUUUGGCAUUUUACCAAAUAUGGCACAAGAUAUGAAAGGAUGCAAAGCAGACCAGCUCUAAGAGCCCGGCGUCGAGCUUAUGUUCAAAUCGAUAAAAAAAUCAGCGAAGCCACUGAACGGUUGGCCCAGGGCAGGAUUUCUGUUAAAGAAUUUCUCCUCUACACUGGGCAUUUGGCUUAUGAUGCAGAACGAAGGCGUGGAGUGGGGAACGUAGGAAUUGUUCCACCCCAAAUCGUGGAAACUAUUGAAGAACAAAUUCCUACUGUAAAUGUGGAAGACAACGUUGUUGGAGGUUUUGAUAGACAAAAUGAAUUAAGAGAAUUGAUUUUACAACAACAAAAUCGCAUAAGGGAGAUGGCAGAAGAACAGGAUAAUGCAUUAAAUAUUUUUAACGAUGAACCUGAUUUUGUAUUAGCAGAGGAUGAUGAUCCGGUGUUCAUUGCUAUGGCGGAAAUUGAGGAACAGAGGAGGGCUCAAGACAGGGAAAACAUCCCUCAUGUUCCUCUCGAUAUCAAUGGAGUUGAACCAAGACCCGCCGAUUGCUGCGUUAUUUGUUUAAGCAAUGUCAACAGCCACGCAUGCAUUCCUUGUGGACACAAAUGCUUGUGUAGAGAUUGCUUGGGCAAUUUAAUCCACAACCGUUGCCCUAUUUGUAACAUCGAAACCACAUUAAUCGUACAAAUAUUUUAAAGUAUUGAUUUUUCCAGGUUCAGAGAAUUCCAUGAUGAUUAAAUAGAUUUGUUUUUCAUUAAUUUUAUUUUUUGUCAUUAUUUUU